AUGGCCAAACCUCUGGAGAAUGUGGCUUUUUGGUUGCCUGGGCUUGGUCCACCUGUGUCCCAGCUGCAGUUUACGCGUCCUCAAAGAGCCCUGUGCGCAGCGAACGAGCACAAAGCAAAGAUGACACAGGCGGCCGUGGCGGUGGCGGGGGCCCAGAAGAAGUUCUUUAAGUCGGUCUUGAUGCGCGUCCAAGUGGCAGGGGCCUCCCCGAUGUCACGGCAAAGCUCGUUGCGUUCCAAAGAGCGCGAGCGGCCGCAGGAUCCACCAAUUCCUUCCCGAGGUUCAAGGUUGAAAUUGACCUGUCCUGUGAAGUUACCGAGUUUGGGCAGAUCCCCGGGGGGUUCACAGACUGCACGGGAGCUUCGGGGUUUCUCAAAGGAGUCAAGAACUGGGCCACUCCGACAGUCAAGUCAGGAAUCGUCCGAACGUGCGAGAAAGCCCAAGACAAGGCAUACUACAGGAACUCUCGGGAUGGAAGCUUCCCCUGCGCAUAGCAUGUCCAUGCUCUCCACGGACAGCACGGACGCCUCGCCACAUAUUUCGUAUGAAGUCUUGAGGUUGGUGGAAGAAGCCAACAGCGUGCCAUCAGGGAGAGGCAGCAUUGAUGCAGUGUCACAGUCGUCCUCUCGAUCAAGCCCAAGUCUGGAUAUGGCGAAGUCAGACGUCGAAGACGUGAAUGACCGCAGCAUGUCCAUUGAAGCUAUGCAAGGGAUUCCAGAUUUGGAGCUGAUUCGGGCACCAGUUCCAGUCUCACGGGAGGGAUAUUCUGGUGGGGUAGCGCCGCCAGCAGACCUACCGAAUCCCAGCAGCCUACAACUUCCUAAGGCAAAGAACUACGUGCCAGCCCGUGCCUGGGGGAGUACAGCAACAGUUGACUCGAGCAAAGAGGAUGCAUCUCCUGGGUCACCUUUAAAGGCUAGGAGGACAUAUAGACGUCAUCAGACAAUGACUAAUAUGACUACAGGUCCUGGACAAUCGGAGACCCAAAAGGAAGAGGUGAACGAAAGGAGAAUCAAGAGCCUGGAGGGGCAAAAGAUUUAUGAUGUCUACUACUGGGAGGAGGUGAUUCAAGAGGACGGCGACGGCGGCAAAGUCGUCGUUUGCCGCAAGAAGACCGAGGACAACACUGGCGACUUUGAUAAGGUCAUGAAGAUCAAAUCUAAGUUGAAGCUAAAGAAAGAAGGCUGUGCAGAUGACUAUCGCAAGGCGGCAGCUGGGCGACCAGAAAGUGUACGUCUUGUCCUAACGAAGAUGCUGUCACUACCACCGCAUCCCGGGGUGAUGCCCGUGGAGGAGGCAUUGGAGGACGAUGCCUUCUACUACGUGGUCACACCCCGAGCCACAUCCAGCUUUUUUCAGGGCCUGCUCGGGGAAUUCCACGACGGCGUUGUACCUGAAUGUGCGCUCAGGAGUUUGAUGACUGACAUGCUGGAGGCAGUGGAUCAUUUACACACUCACGGCGUGCUUCAUCGUGACAUCAAACCAGACAACAUGGUGCUGCAGACCCAUGUGAACGAAGAGACCGGGGAGAAACGCAGGAGAGUAGUGCUCAUCGACUUUGACCACGCAGAUCCUGAUUUUCACAACAAUCCGGAUGACCAGGAGCGGAUCUACGGAACCCGACGUUUUAAUGCUCCGGAAUCCUACCUCUGCAGUUUUUCCAAGCAGACGGACCUCUACAGCAUAGGUGUGAUCUUCUACAUGCUGAUGACGGGCAAGAUGCCCUACGAUGAUGACAUCUUUGAUGGAAUCAACCCCCCUGGCUCUAGGAUGGUGAGUCCACGGGCGCUCUUGCACGAUACCUUCCAGCGUUUGAAAGAUGCAGACAUAGACUGGAAUUGCGACCCAUGGCCGUCGCAACCUGUUAGCAUGGACUUGUGUCGUCAGCUUCUGGCCUUUAAUCCUGCCUUGCGACCCAGCUCAGCGCGUACGGUGGGGGACCUCAGGUUGUGGGAAGGGUCGCUCUCGCCUCUCAACCCGAUCAAUGAAUUGUGA